AUGUCGACAGUUUUAUUAGCUGCUAUAGCUGUCAUAAUAUGUAUUCUUUUCCGAAUUUUAAAUGUAAAUAGUGAACCUCAAAAGCCUUCGGUACUGUGCUGUGAUAACAAGUUUCUUGAUAAUAUUCUCAAAAUUGCACCAGUCCUCAAUGAACAGUACAUUCCCACAAGACUUUGGGGCUUUAGCGGCCAUGUUCAAACUAUACUGCAUAGUAUCAUCGGCAGGGUAAAAUGUCCCUGGCCAAUAGGCGAAAGAGUUUUUAUCACAGUUCCAGAUGGCUCGACAGUCACCUUUGACAUUUAUCAACCCAUUGACACUAGUUUUCAAGAUGAUGUUAGUAUAGCAAUUUGUCCAGGAAUUUGUAAUACUUCAGAAAGCAUUUACGUGCGCACAUUUGUCCAUUGGGCACAAUACCACGGCUACAGGUGUAUAGUAUUGAAUCAUGUAGGAGUUUUGAAAAAUGUUCCGGUUACUGGUCCGCGAAUAUUCAGUUUUGGUAAAACCGACGAUUUUCAAGCAAUGGUCAGAAACCUAGUUGUCCGUUACCCUGAUACCAAAGUUGUAUGUGUAGGUUUUAGUCUUGGAGGAAAUUUGGUUACAAAAUAUUUAGGAGAAAGCAAACCCAAGCCUCCGAAUGUGAUUGGCGGCAUUUCAAUUUGUCAAGGAUAUUGCGCUUUAGAGGGUACUAGGCAUAUGCUGAGCUGGCAAAACUUCAGGCGAUUCUACCUAUAUGUCAUGACGGAAAAUCUAAAAAAUACGAUACUGCGUCAUCGGAAAAUGCUUUUGUCCGAGGAUCUAAAAAAACGCUACAGUUUGAACGAACACGAAAUUAUUUCGGCAGCCACAUUACCGGAAUUGGACGAGGCUUAUGCAAGAAGGGUACAUGAAUUUACAACUAUUUCAGAAUAUUACAAAUGGAGUUCAAGCAAACAAUAUUUCGAAAAAAUAACAGUUCCCAUGAUAUUCAUUAAUGCUACUGAUGAUCCUAUUGUACCCGAACCUUUACUGGACCCCGUUAAGAAACUCGCAUCUGAAAAAAAUAACACUGCUUACAUUCAAGUAUCUCACGGAGGCCAUCUGGGCUUCUACGAAGGAGGUCUCAUCUACCCAAACCCAGUCACUUGGCUCGACAGAACGCUGGUAGCUCUUGUAGGUUGUCUCACUCUUACUUCUGACGAAAUGAGCAUGAAACCUCGCCAGACACUAGAAAUGUGA